AUGCCGUCCUACAACGCCAAGCGUACACUCGAGGAUGUUGUGAAUCAAGAAGACUCGGCGGACGAAGACUACGACGAUAGAGCUCCGGGGCCUUCUAAAGCGCGCUCUUCACGAUCCAGGAAACAUCGUGGGGCCCCUGCACGGAAGAAGCAGCGACGAGGAUAUCGGGGCUCUGACAUUGAGACUGACGAGGAGGAUGUGCUGUCCGACGAGGAGCAGUCUUUUGACGAUGACAUCGAUGACGAUGAGGUGGAGACGAACGAAAGGGGAAGACCAGUUCGAAAGACCACCAAGAAAACGGUGAAGUACGAAGAAUCGGACGAUGACGACCCGAUCAGCUCUUCGGAAGAUGAGCCACAGACCCCACGGUCAAAGAAAGGCAAAAAGCUCAUUGUCACCCUCAGGACGGGCAACACGCCUGCUAGAUCCACCCGCAGCUUGAGGACUAGAAGCGGCAGUUAUACUGGGGUGACUGCAAAUCCACCAGCGCCAGCUCCAGGAGGCGCCAGGAGGAGCAGCCGUCUCUCUCACAACGAGGAAGACCCCGUGGUGGCUUUGACAAACUCGGGAAAUCAUGUUGAGGUGAUUCGAGCUGGCUCACGAGACCCCGAAGGCAUGCCUCCCAGGGCAAUGAAGGGCGGGAAAGGCCUCAAAUACCCGUCGAAGAGCACCAUCGAUGAGGCGGGAGAAUCCGCCCCCAAGGAAGAGGAGGCGGAGGAGGAGCUUGAGAUCAAAGCCUCACAGCACGAACUUCCGGACAGCGACCCUCCAGACCCCCAAGACGAUCGUGAAGGAGAAGCAGAGCCCCUCCCGAAGCUUGUUUCCGACGUUAUUGAGGCUGGAGCUGAAGCCGAGAGCGAUGGCGACUUUGGAGUGAAGGAAGCACCUGCGACCCAGGAGGAUGCACAAGCUGAACCGCUAGAAGCAGCCGAAGAAGAUGACGAGGAAGACAUUGUGCCUCAACGCCGACGAGUAACCCGGGGAGCUUCGAAGAGAAAAGCAGAGUCGCCCGAGUAUGAACCGGAUCAAUUGUCGAAGCAGGUCCGCGGGCGUGCUUUGAGAAGUAGUGCUAAGGCUGGGCCAUCAAGAAGUCGUCGGCGGAAAGCACAAGACGAAAGCAGCGACUUUGAUCCCGAUGAGGACCAGGACAAUCCAGAUGACAUGUCGGACUCCAGCAAGUCCAUCGUGUCGCCCCAGAAGGAUGAUUAUGAGAGCAGUAACAAUGGUAGACGGUCGACUCGGCUUCGCAGCAAGGCUGUAUCCCGGCAAAGAUCUGAAGUCAGUGACCGGGUGGAUGAACUUGCCGCAGAGGUCGCGGAUCUGAAAAGGGAUGGGAAGAAACCGCGAUCUGCUCGGGACGAGAUUGUGUUCGAACCCCGCAAGCGACGGGGCGGGAAAAAGCCCAACUAUGAUCUGCUACGGAACCUUGCUCCUAUCGAAGACGAAGAAGAAGCCGCGCCCUCGCCGUCACAACGAGCUCGAAAACCUGGCGGCGGGAGCUGGCAACGAAGCCUGUUCGACACCUACGGUCCUUUUGGUGGAGGCGCAGGUUUGCCCCCGGUCCUUGGGGGAGGUCCACAGGGGCCGAGAGCGCAGGGCGGCGUUGACUCUGACAGCAGCGACGACGAGGUUAUGAGGCAACCUAGAGGGCUGGGUGGUACUGUAGGGAUGACUCCUACCGCUGCCGGAGCCUUCAACGCCUUUGCUCAAAAUCUCAACAACGACCCUGCACAGGCUACCGCAGGAACGCCUGCUAACCUUGGCAAGAUCAAGGACAAACACGCGCUUGCAGAUGCAGAUCCUCUUGGAGUCGAUCAAAAUGUGAACUUUGACAGCGUUGGCGGUUUGCAAGGGCACAUAGACCAACUCAAAGAGAUGGUUGCUCUGCCUCUGCUUUAUCCCGAGAUCUUCUUGCGAUUCAAGAUCACCCCUCCACGUGGUGUUUUGUUCCACGGCCCGCCAGGCACGGGAAAGACACUUUUGGCGAGAGCUCUAGCAAGUAGCGUCAGUUCGCAGGGUCGAAAGGUCACCUUCUACAUGCGAAAGGGUGCAGAUGCACUGAGCAAAUGGGUAGGCGAGGCCGAGAGACAGCUUCGUUUGCUUUUCGAGGAAGCCCGCAAAACUCAACCCAGCAUAAUCUUCUUUGACGAAAUCGAUGGCCUUGCUCCCGUCCGAUCCAGCAAGCAGGAACAGAUCCAUGCUUCCAUUGUGUCCACAUUACUGGCAUUGAUGGACGGAAUGGAUGGACGUGGCCAGGUGAUUGUCAUUGGUGCCACAAAUCGGCCAGACUCUAUUGAUCCCGCCUUAAGGAGACCAGGUCGAUUCGACCGAGAGUUCUACUUCCCGCUACCUGACACGCAAGCCCGACACGCGAUCAUCGACAUCAAUACCAGGGGUUGGGAUCCGCCUCUGCCUGCACCCAUCAAAGAUGAGCUGGCAGAAUUGACAAAAGGCUACGGUGGAGCGGACCUGCGAGCAUUAUGCACUGAAGCCGCAUUAAACGCAGUCCAGCGGCAGUAUCCUCAGAUCUACAACUCGACCGAGAAGCUCCUGAUUGACCCAAAGAAGAUCCAGGUCACGCCGAAAGAUUUCAUGAUCGCCAUCAAGAAAAUGACACCAUCAUCAGAGCGAUCCACUUCCUCGGGGGCGUCUCCACUGCCCCCGAGUGUCGCACCUCUGCUGAGACGGCAACUUGACACAAUAGAGCAGAUAGUGGCCGAAGUGCUACCGCGAAAGAAGAGACUGACUGCACUGGAAGAAGCUCAGUAUGAAGAUGUCGCCGACGGCCACAGUUUCGGACGCGAGCGAAUGCACCAGGCGUUCGAGUCUGCUAGAGUCUUCCGUCCUCGGCUGCUGAUUCAGGGGAAGGUUGGCAUGGGUCAACAAUACAUUGCCGCUGCUCUGCUUCACCACUUCGAAGGUCUUCAUGUGCAAGCAUUUGAUCUCCCCACCUUGUUGAGUGACACCACUGCUUCACCGGAAUCGACUGUCAUCAGACUCUUUACCGAGAUCAAGAUGCACAAGCCCAGCGUCAUCUACAUCCCUAAUGUGCACGAGUGGUAUAGCACAGUGGGUCAAACCGUGAUAUCAACUUUCCUGGGACUGUUGAGGUCGGUCAAGCCCACAGACCCGAUUCUCCUACUCGGAUUUAUGGAGGGUGAUCCAGGAGAUGUUGAAGAAGAGAUCAGACGGGAAAUGUUCGGAUAUUCCAAGAAGAAUCGCUUCCAACUGAGAGAACCGGACCUGGAAGAGCGAUAUGAAUUUUUCCGUAGCCUCCGAGAUUACGUUAAGACAGCUCCGGACGAGUUUCCCGAUCCUGAGAAGCGAAAAAAGCGACGACUUGAACGACUUGAGGUGGCUCCUCCAGAGCCAGAAAAGCCGGCACCUCCUCCUACAAAGGAAGAGCUCAAAGCUCAGAAGAAGCGCGACCGUCAGACCCUCAACAUGCUCAAGAUUCGGCUGCAACCCAUCAUGGAUCAGAUCCGAACGAAACACAAGAAGUUUCGCACAGGAGUCAUUGACGAGGGUCAGAUCCGUUACCUCUAUGACGAGGCGGAUCCCGGCACAGUCACCUCCGAUCUCCAUACAGAGUUUCUGGCGAGAGCUUCUUUCAGACCGUUCGAAAUCGGCAAAGAUGCCCAUGGUGUGGCCGGCCUUGUCGACCAAGCGAGCGGCAAUUUCUACUACAACCUCGACUCGGUGACGAUUGAGAAACGCCUUAGUAACGGGUACUACAAACGGCCGAAAGACUUCCUGGCAGACAUCAAGCGUUUGGCCAAAGAUGCAAAGACGAUUGGCGACGAAGAUCGACUGCUGAAAGCAAAUGAGCUCCUCGCGAAUGUCGAGGUCGAUAUUGGAGGCAUUGAACUUGCGGAACCUGCUCUCGUUGCAGAAUGCGAACGCGUCUAUGAGCGAGAGUUGGCCCGAGAAAAAGAAGCUUUGGGUAAGGUACGACAUGGCGAUGGGCUCAGGAAAGAUAUGCCUCCACCGCAAAUCGUCUCGAAUGUGCCACACGGAAACAGCUCCGGUCCAUCUGCAACAACCAAUUCCUCAGGGCCUAUUCUUCUGGGUGAGCCUAUGCAGCGACAGAACGAUAUCGUUCAACGGCUUGCUGCAGCCGAAGCAAGCCCAUCCACGUCGCAGCUUUCGAAUGGCGUUCAUCCAAGCCGGCAUGGAGCAGAAGAGCACGAAGGGACAAACGGAUCCCAAUCCAACCACGAUGGCCAUGAAGCCGACGCCGAAGGGGAUACGCCGAUGGGCGGUGUGGAGUCUCAUCCGAACUCGAACGAGAAGAGUAAUGACACGCAGAAAACACACACGACAAGCUCUUUCGGCAACCGGGAAUCGGCCCAACCACGACCCUUCCACUCGUACACGGCCCCAUCCCAGCAGCUACUAAGGGAGUCAGGGAUGUCGGCUCCUCGGUCACAGACAGGACCUUUCACGCCCAUGCCGCAGGGAAGCCAAGCAGCGGAAUUCCAGAACGAUGCAAGCACAACGCAGUCCACCAGCCAGAAGAAAGUGUCGUCGCACGAGACGGAACUCGGACAACAUCAAGAGUCAGGCCCGAACCUUUUUCUCUACGACGAACGGCGUUCAGCAGGAGGUAGUCAGGUCCCAUCCACCCAAGGUAUGCGUAAUCCCAACCCGAAUCCAGGACAAGUUUUUGGUUUGCACGCGUUGGAAAGAAUCAGAGAACCCGAGCUCACGGAUAUGGUCUCCCCUGCAGAUAUUGCUGAACAAUUGUCUCAAGACACGACGGGUGCGGCAUCCCAGCCUGCUGCUGAGACCAUGCGACCACUAUCGUCAUCGCAAGGACGAGCCCCUGAGAGGAACUCUCAGCCACUCCCGCCGGUCCCGCUAUUCCCCGGUCCCGCUACGGAUACUACUACUGGUGGUGAACCUGCUCCCCCCGCUGCUGCUGCUGGUCAGCGGACCAACGGACACGGACAUGGACCCAGUCAGAUUCAAGACUUGCUCAAUCCGUCAGAAGAGGAAUCGCCUCCACCGCCAAACCUUAUCCAGGCUGAAGAGCAACGCCUGGACAGUCUCCACGUCGAGAUCACGGACAAGACUAGCGGUCUGUCUGUGGAACAGUUGGAGCAGGUCAAUUCGGUGUUGAUGGAUACGCUGUGGAGGACACGUGGGGAGUGGGAUCGCGGCAAGGUUCUGGAACAGGUCAGCGCAGCCUUCAACGAUGUCAUGCAGGAUAUGGCGGACACUGGGCAGGAGUUUGGGCCUGUCAGCUGGGGCCAAAGUCAGAGUCAAACAAAUGUUUAG